UUACGCCUCUCCCUUUUCGUGAUCGCAAACUGACAUGCAGCCAUUCAUGCCCGAAUAGUCCGAUUCUAAAGUCUCUCUCAGACAAGGCAGGCACGGACCUGCACAGUAAACCUGUGUCAGGCUGUUCGGGGUUUACGCUCUUCACUGGGCUACUACGAGUUGGGCAGAAGACGCAUGCGUACUGAUUUGAAGCAGCCGGUCGGGAUAAAGGCGUUAUGUACCAUCGGAUGUAAUCAAGGCAAAGAAUUACCUCUUCUCGCUGUGCAUACAUGGUGAAAUUCCCAUGGGAUCAGAACGGAUGGAGAUGCGAAAGAGGCAGAUGUCGGUGCAGCAGGAGUCAGCAACGGGGGGAACUGCACCGGCUCAGCAGGGCCAGCCAGGCCAGGCCAACCCACGGGGCUCGAAUGCAUGUUGCUUCUGUUGGUGUUGCUGCUGUAGCUGUUCCUGGAAUGAAGACCGGGAUGAUAGGAACCGAAAGGCAUCUUAUGACAUUAAGGAAGGGACCGCAGACUGUGAAGACUGCCCUAAGCCCACACUGGAGGAGGUGCGCUCAUGGGGGCAGUCAUUUGACAAGCUGAUGUGUUGCCCAGCAGGGAGGAACUCCUUCCGACAGUUUCUUCGCACUGAGUUCAGCGAGGAGAACAUGCUCUUCUGGCUAGCCUGUGAGGAAUUCAGCAAAGAGACCAAUAAGAGUGCGAUAGAGGAGAAGGCUCGGGUCAUCUAUGAGGAUUACAUCUCUAUUCUCUCGCCUAAAGAGGUAAGCCUUGAUUCCCGUGUGCGAGAGGCGAUCAACAGGAACAUACUGGAACCCACCUCGCACACGUUCGAUGAUGCCCAGCUGCAGAUCUACACACUAAUGCAAAGAGACUCGUAUCCCCGCUACAUGAACUCCCCAGCCUACAAAAACCUGCUCAACACUCUGUCAGAGCAGUCCCCUGAAUCUUAGGAUGAUGAUGACCUGUGAUGUUUUAACUCUCUUAAUGCCCUGUCCCCCUCCAUCCUUAACCCCCUUUCUUAAAAUUUUCUUUAUGUUCAGUAUAGGAUUACAUUAACCAGGCCUCAAGCCUGGCCCCUCCCAGGGAUCUCAGCGCUAUUGUGAUCUGCACCUGACCGAAGACACUCAGGUCUCAAAAUCUCCCGAGGGCUCGACAUCACAAGUACUGCUACAGAUCAACAUAGCAAAACACUCCAAAGGAAUAUGAAUACAUUUUAGUUUCUGGUUUCCUUUUCUUUCUUUUGAUAGAAAUAAUCUAUUUUAUUUGUGUUCAGAGUUUUUUAUGGUCUGUUGUUUUUUGUAUGAUUGUUUGGGGGGGGAAUGAUUCCUACUGUAGACUAUAUAUUUAUGAGUUUGUAAAUAGUAAAAAUGGAAUUGUGGGUAUUUUAUGUGGAAACGCCUGGUUCUAUUUACUGCGUAUGAAAAUCAAAGCUCAAGUCAAAGGCUACAUGUUAGCUGUACUUGCAGGCAGCUUGGUGGGGUACUGUAUGAUUUUACCUUGGUUUCACCCUGUUUUGUUACCUAACCUCACACUUUGGUUCCUGUGAGAGUGACUUGGCAACUCCAGUUCACGUAGAAACUGUGCGUGAUUGAAGUGUGGUUACUGGUGAAGUUACAGAAAGUGACAAGAGCUUUUGUCACAGUGUGCAAUGUGUUUCCUUAAGAAACAUCUAUGAUGGAAGGGUAUUUUAACUGUCUUUAUUCAAUAUUAAACCCAGAGGUCUGCCUAUUUAAGAUUUUAUUUAAAUUCAAGUGUUACUCAUUGCACACCAGAUAUGUUUAAUAGUUUUACCUGUGUGACAUAAGAAGUAAUUCUAUUUACCAGAUAAUGUAUUUUUUUAUUUUAUUGAUAUCAAUUGCCAAUACAGAAAAACCAAUAAGUACAAAUUAUAUUACAGAGUACAGUCCUAUGGUGAAGUAAACUGUUAAGUCCUGGUCAGAAACUGAAGAAAUAUGUGUAUGGGUCUGUAAAUUUUUAAUAACCUUCUAGGAAAUUGCAAAGAACUAUGUAAUUUUGUACUAAACAUUAAGAAAAUACAAAUUUUAUUGGAAGAAAAUGCAAGUGAAUAUUCAUUUAUUAUUGAAAACCUUCCAGGAAAUAUGCUUAUUUGUAUUUUUUUAAACUAAGCAUUAGAUAAGACUGAUGCCACUCUUUGUUUGAUUAAUAUGAAGUCACAUCCAGCAGGUGGCUAGCAUAGCUUAUGAGAAAGACUGAAAAUCAGGAAACUGCUAACGUCUAAAACAACAACAUCUAAUGAGUAGCACCUCUUAAGCUUGAUAAUGAACACUAUAUUGUCUUUAAUUCGUAGAAUAACCUGAGUGUAAAAACAGCAUGCAGUUUUGUCAGGCUGUGUUAUAUGUUGAACUAUACUGUGUGCACCUGAGCGACCAGCCUGCUGUAGCAUGACCUGUAGUUUUACAUUAAACUCGAGAGUUUUAUCGAUGUUCUCAUCAACCAGAAAGCACAUACUUCUCGAAACAUACUAUAGAUAUGUAGGUUAUGCAGGUACUUAACUGGAAUUAAUUAAUUAGAAGUGUGCCAUUUGAACUGUCUAUUUCAGUAACAAUUACUACUAAAUUACAUAGUUCUUUCCAGAAAAUCUGUUGGAAAUUAGUAAGAAAUCACUCAGAAAUGACAGAUCUGUGAAAUAAAAAAAAAGAAUUAAUAAAAUUUGUGUGGGAUUGACAUUUUUGACAGUGGUUGCACCACCUUGGAUGCUUUUGACUAAAAAAAAUUGUAUAAAUAGCAUAUCUGCUAUAUUAAAUUGGCUAUCAGUUGAAAAUGACACUGGGGACAGCAGGGUAACACCAAAGCUACCAUGUAAACUGUGUUUAUAUGUUUCUCGAGAGUGUUUCCACUGACUAAAAUUGGAGUUGCCAAGUGUUAAAUACUUCAAUGUAUUCUGAUUUCUGAGAGAUUUAGUUGAAUUAUUUUGUUGCCUCACAAACAUGUCACUCAAAGACAAGAUCCUCACAUGGGGAAGUGCCUUGACAUUCAAUUUUAUGACAUCUUUCUCAUGAGCAGUGGAUGUUUUCAUAAGAGUGCUUACUGGAGCAUGAGGCCAGUUUACGGGAAAAUGUCGCUCUCAUUGGCCAAAUUAGCGCAUGUGUUUUGUCUCAGUCCCUUAGUCAAGACUACAUCAGUCCAUUUUGGUAGCGGAGAGAGUGAUGACAGCACAUGUCUUUAUUUGUGAUGGACGAAGAUCGGUGGAUAGAGGGCUGGUUGAUCUGAACUUCUUGCCAACCUGUGUGCUUCACAGUGGCGCUCCUACUUGUCUUAGAGUUAACUUUUACUAUGUGCAAUUUGAAUUGAGGGAGAGGCUGUGCAGAUCAACCUCAAAACACAAUCUAAGCCAAUGGUUUGGAGUGAUGCCUAUAAAUGUUGUUUCUUCUUCUGUUUACUAUAUGAAAUGUGGUAUUUUGCUCUGAGUUUACUGAAGAAUACAUUUUUAAAAACAAAUAAUGUGAAUGUUUACAGUAUACGGUUUAGAUUUUUUUUUCUGCUACUAUAAGAAAAUAAUGACUU